AUGACGGCGGACGAUGGAAGUACCUUGACUCUGGAACUUUGUCACAUUCAAUCUUAUCCCAAUGGCAGGAAUGACAGUGGAGAUAAUUCUAAUGGUAUUAUUAUCGAACCGAUUCCUACUACAACAACUACAACAACAACAACUAGUACUACUACUACAACUACCACCACCACAACAAUAACUACAACUACAACUACCACCACCACAACAAUAACUACAACUACAACUACAACUACAACUGCAACUACAACAUCAACAUCAACAACGACAACUACAACUUCAACAACUUCAACAACGACAACUACAACUUCAACAACGACAACUACAACUUCAACAACGACAACUACAACUUCAACAACUUCAACAACGACAACUACAACUUCAACAACUUCAACAACCACAACUACAACUACAACUUCAACAACCACAACUACAACGUCAACAACUUCAACAACCACAACUACAACGUCAACAACAACAACUACUACAACUACCACUACAACAACAAGAAUCGUUGUUAUUACAUUUGAAGAUAUUCCAUCACCAGAUCCUAAUUCAGGCACUCUUCCGACACCCUACGAUAAUCUUAUUUGGACAUUCGGCUAUGUAAAUUCAGCGUCACCUACAUUUGUGGCAAGUGGUUAUCCACAUGUAGGAGGAACUGGUCCACAUGUUGCAUGGAGUGCUACUCCUGCAACAAUAGAAACAACGGGUGGUGCAACGAUAGGACUCAAUUCAUUUCAGCUGGGUGCUGCAUGGACAGAUGGAGUGACUGUAGUUAUUACUGGUUAUUAUUUAAAUACACAAGUACAAACAGCCACAUACACUGUGUAUAUGAGUGCAGGAACUACAGUGACCCUUAAUUGGUUUGGACUCGAUAAAAUUGAAUUUAUAUCAAGCGGUCAAACUCAGCAUGAUAUUGGCAUAGAUAAUUUAUCUAUUACUUAUUGA